CAUUAUACACACGCGGGAGGACUAAACGUGAUAAAUCAAAACCUUGAUUUUAAUCAUAGCACCGCUUUCAUUUAUCUUAAGGACAGCAAAAUGAGUGCAUGUUACUUGUUUAUUCUAUUACUAUUUGCAUGUAAUAGAGAUGUUUCAUCCUUUACACUUACUGCAUCGACAAGUGCCGACAAGGCUAUUCUUGGUGAUAAUCCAUUUACAUUAUCUUGCCAUUAUACACUUACGGCAAAUGACCAACUGUUUUCAAUAGAGCUCCAGAGGAAAAGAGGCACUGGUACUACUGAAACCUACGAAACUAUUGUGACCUUUCAAAAUCCAAGCAGUCCUUUAAAUGUAACAUAUCAAGAUACGGCGUUGGAACAUAGGACUAUAGCCACAAAACCAACGGAGCAAAGUAAAACAGCAACUCUCGUUUUCAAUACGAUAGAGUGUGAAGACAAAGCAACAUACAAUUGUAAGGCAUUGUAUACGGAUGGUGCUGUAAAAACAGUUGAAGAUUCUGUGGCAGUAAUUGUUAAAGCAAACCCAAACGCAUUAUUUGAACAAGGUACAACAAUUUCAUAUACACCAAACACAUUUAUUAAAGAGGGCGAUAACGUGAUAUUUCAAUGUAUUGGCGAUGUGGGAAAUGAAAAAGCCGGCCAUCUUGGCUGGUUUUAUUAUCUUGGUAGCAACUAUACAGAUCCGAUCAAUGCAUCUGCUAUGGCAAUAUCGCAAGCAACCGUGUUCCAACCAAGUACUUGUAGUUCUAAACAGGCAUCAACACUUCAUUUGACAAUGCUCAGGUCGUUCAAUAACAUGAUAGUGCGAUGUACAGUUCAACAUGAUACCUACAAUGAAUUUGGAGAUGGUUAUGCGCAAACUCAAAAUAUCCCUGUAUAUUACCCUCCAGUAGUAACUGCUAUAGGUGACAAAACAGUUGAUGUAGGAACUAAGAUUUUGACUUUGAAUUGUGUAGCAGAUGCAAAUCCGCCACCAAUAUAUUCCUGGUUUUUGCCUAAUGGAACAGUGGUACAUGGUCCAAACGUGUCACUUACCAACAUUCAGAUUGAAAACACAGGAGUAUAUACUUGCUUAGUGUAUAAUGUAUACGCUCAAAUCAAACAUACCGCCCAUGAAACUGUGUAUAUUGAUGUCAGAAAUACUACCACACCAGCACCGACUCUCCCACAAACAACUGCAGGUCUUACAGAAGGUAAGGCAACAACAGCUCAUCGAGAUAGUGGUAUCCCGACGUUUUCCCAAAUGAUAAAUCAGGGUCGGAUAGACAGUUCUGAGCUCGACGAAGCUUCGGGACUUGCUGCAAGUCGUCUGCAUCCUGGUAUUCUGUACUCACACAAUGAUAACGGUGAUUCGCCGAGGCUGUUUGCGAUCAAUGCAUCUACGGCUCGGGUGGUUGCCACGCUUAACAUCAGCCCAGCGUAUAACAACGAUUGGGAAGAUAUAGCUGUAGGUCCAUGUGCCAAAGGAGAUAAACGCACGUGCAUCUAUAUCCUUGACGAUGGUAACUAUCAUCAUGGUGUCCAUAAGAGAACAAUUUACCGUGUCGUUGAACCAGACGCACUGGUUAAUCAAACAGUAGCACCUGAUUCAACCUACAAGUACAACUGGACGGAGGUUGCGGCCGAUACAAUCAUGGUGGAUAACAAUGCGGACAUUUACGUGAUCAGUACCAAGGUCGGUGGACAUGGUAAGAUUGCUAAACUACCAGCACAGGCAUGGGGCCAGAAAAAUCGGGUUUAUAUAGACUCAGGAUCAUACCUUUCUGUACCGUCAUCACACCAUCAUGACCCUGCAGGAGGAGAUAUUUCACCAGAUGGCACAGAAGUUUUAGUGAAGACUAAGGAUCAUAUUUACUACUGGAAACUGGCGGACGGCGACAUAGUCGCGGCACUGACACAACCUGGGAUUAAGGUUCCGUACCAUAAGGAGAGGGCAGGGGAGGCGGUAUGUUGGUCAUUGGAUGGCUCGGCCUACUAUACCUUAGGAGAGGGACAUCACCAAAUGUUGCACAUGUAUAAACGUGCAUAAUGACACUGAUGUUUGGCGGUGCUGUUGCUUUGUAUUGAAAUACAAGUAGUAAAAAAGAA